UGCCAUAUGGUGCUGUGCAUGCAGAGCCAAAUACGGGGCAGCCACGCAUCACUGCCCCAUACCCUUCUACCCUAGCUACUCCAUCCUCGUCAUUCCUUUGCGUGCCUUUAACCCCUCUCAAUCUUCCUCUUAUAUAACUGCGAUUCACAUCUCACCUCACUCUGCUCAUAACUCUUUCCUUCUCUCUGUCAUUUCUCAAACAUGUCAAGUGUGUGUUGUGCAGAGAAGCACCACUCCCAUGUUUACACCGCUGGGAGCUGCAAGAAGAGCCUCAGGGAGAUCGAAAUCCCUCCCCGGAAGCUCUUCAGCCGCCGCACCAAGCUAUCAGACCCAAACCCAAAUCAUCUCUUUCCAGAUAUUGUCUCAGAUAAGAACAUAGCUGAAGAUGCAUUGUUGCAUAAAUUCUUUCCUUGUAAUACCGGCAAUGAUGAUGUUGAUGGCUCCGAUGAUCCCCAUUUGAGCGAUGACUUCCGGAUGUACGAAUUCAAGGUGCGUAGAUGCAUGCGAAGCCGUAGCCAUGACUGGACCGACUGCCCAUUUGCUCAUCCAGGCGAGAAAGCUCGUCGGAGGGAUCCUCGGCGGUUCCAUUAUUCCGGCAAUGUUUGUACUGAUUUCCGGCGAGGUGGGUGUAGCCGUGGAGAUGCUUGUGAGUUCGCUCAUGGGGUUUUCGAGUGUUGGCUUCACCCAGCUAGGUAUCGGACACAAGCUUGUAAGGAUGGGAAGAAUUGCAAGAGGAAGGUUUGCUUCUUUGCUCACACUCCUCGUCAGCUCCGUGUUUUGCCUUUGCAUAGUCAGACGACACAGAAUCAGAUUUCUUCUUCUGCUUCUAAUUCUCCAUCCUCUGCUUCUGUUACAUCCCCUGUUACUAUGAGCCGGAAGUACCCAACUAAUCAUUGCUGUGUGUUCUGUCACAAUACUAUUGCUUCAUCUCCUACUUCUACUCUGAUGGGUCUCUCUCAUUUGUCUCCCUCGUCUUCACCACCUCUGUCGCCUCCAAUCUCACCUGAAGGGGCUACCUUCUCUCCCCUUUCUCGAUUCAAUAAUGAAUACGAUUCAAUUUCUUUGAACCAAUCGUUUCCCAGGGGUUUGAGUCAUAAGAAUGCAUUGGCGGAGCUUGUGAGCUCCUUGGAAGCCAUGGAUCUUGGUACCGGUGGUGGCGCUGCUGUUUCUCCUUCAAGCUGUGAAGAUCACCAACAGUUCAUCCUCUCACCUUCUGCUCCACCACAACCACAGACAGGGCCAGCUUCUACUGGAUUGAGAACCAGUUUCGAUAAUUAUGGUAAGAUCAACAACAGUUUCUUGGACGAGGUCAUUCCUGAUUUGGAAUGGGUGAACGAGCUUGUCAUGUAAAGAGGAGAUCAUGCUCCUCAACCUGUACAUAGAUGAACCGUAAAUGGGUCGUCUGUGUAGUUAUUUUUAAUUAAUUUUGGUGUUAAAAAGCCUUAUUGCGUCGAGUACUGCUGGACUAUUGUAAUAUCCGGUAAGGAAUACGGAUUAUGGAGGCGUACGGAUAACGGAGCUGGGACGAUGCAUGUGUUGGGAUGAGAUGGCCGGAAGGGUAGUUUGUUCAGAUAUCUAUCUACUACUACUACUGCUAGUGUUAAAUGUUUCUUGUCUGAUAUUGGGGUCUUCUUUGUUUGUUUUUGGAUUUGGUUUUUACUUACUUUCGAGUGAUCUGACGAAUGAAGAUGGGAUUUUGUGAAAUUGCUGAGUUUGGUGGGAAUAAAAUAGUAGAAGCCAUUCUCCA